GUAUAAAAGCCCCACCCAGUCCAGCCGGGCUGCUCGGCUUCUGGGGCGACUCACGGAGAUAGGUGCUUGGCCCAGCUUUUUUUCAAAAUGUCUACUGUCCACGAAAUCCUGUGCAAGCUCAGCUUGGAGGGUGAUCAUUCUACACCCCCAAGUGCUUAUGGGUCAGUCAAACCCUACACCAACUUUGAUGCCGAGAGGGAUGCUGUGAACAUUGAGACAGCAAUCAAGACCAAAGGAGUGGAUGAGGUCACCAUUGUCAACAUCCUGACUAACCGCAGCUGUGAGCAGAGGCAGGACAUUCUCUUCGCCUAUCAAAGAAGGACCAAAAAGGAGCUACCAUCAGCACUGAAGUCAGCCUUAUCUGGCCACCUGGAGACAGUGGUUUUGGGCCUAUUGAAGACACCUGCCCAGUAUGAUGCUUCUGAACUAAAAGCCUCCAUGAAGGGCCUGGGGACUGAUGAGGAUUCCCUCAUUGAGAUCAUCUGCUCAAGAACCAACCAGGAGCUGCAAGAGAUCAACAGAGUGUACAAGGAAAUGUACAAGACCGAUCUGGAGAAGGACAUCAUCUCCGACACAUCUGGAGACUUCCGAAAGCUGAUGGUAGCCCUUGCAAAGGGUAGACGAGCAGAGGAUGGUUCAGUUAUCGACUAUGAGCUGAUUGACCAGGAUGCCCGGGAGCUCUAUGAUGCUGGGGUGAAGAGGAAAGGAACAGAUGUCCCCAAGUGGAUCAGCAUCAUGACUGAGCGCAGUGUGUGCCACCUCCAGAAAGUGUUUGAAAGGUACAAGAGCUACAGCCCUUAUGACAUGCUGGAGAGCAUCAAGAAAGAGGUCAAAGGAGACCUGGAGAACGCUUUCCUGAACCUGGUCCAGUGCAUACAGAACAAGCCCCUGUACUUUGCUGACCGGCUGUAUGACUCCAUGAAGGGCAAGGGGACUCGAGACAAGGUGCUGAUUAGAAUCAUGGUCUCUCGCAGUGAAGUGGACAUGCUGAAAAUCAGAUCUGAAUUCAAGAAGAAAUAUGGCAAGUCCCUGUACUACUACAUCCAGCAAGACACCAAGGGUGACUACCAGAAGGCACUGCUGUACCUGUGUGGUGGAGAUGACUGAAGGGCUCAGCACAGUGGAUUGCCCAGAAGUGGCCCUGCCUGUGCCUCAGCCUAAUGUUCUAGAGAAUCAGCUUGUCACUAAUGGACCCCUGAGCUCCUCCCUCCUCCCUGUGAAGAUGAUGAUAGAGCUGCUGACCCAUUCCCCAUCUUAGCUGCCUUUGCCUGGCUUUCCCCUCACUUUCUCCUUCAUGCCAAAGAAAUGAUCAUUCCAGGGAGUUGGACCUACUGUCUGAGACACAAGACACUUGCUCUUAUGUACUGUGUCAUGAAUAAACCGUUUUUACUUUAGAAACAA